AUGGAUGAGAAGCCAUUGCCGCCGCCCAGAAGGUUCAACGCCGUGGGGUUUUGCCUCACUGCCAUCCGCAUAUGGCAGUGGUCCUCGUCUUUCUUCGUCUAUGCCUCCUUCAGUCUGCUGUAUGAUCACAUCCAGAAGAAUCGGCUGGGCGAGAAUGACCGUAUGAAAGGGGUUCAGAUCCUGGGCCUCGUGUCACUCGUGUACUCUACAAUAGUCGUGUGCUGUGUCCAUGUCUUCAAGACUCUCGGUCUUCGAUCAUGGCGUGUCUUUGCCGUUAUGUCUGUGCCCACAGACCUGACCAUCAUGGGUAUUAACCUAGCAAAGAUCACUAUCUUGAGCUACUCUGGCGUCCCAGCAGACUGCCACGGUCUCACCCGAGACAACUAUGAUGGAAACGAUCUUGUUCGUCAACCAGCUGAUGGCUUCACGACUAUCCGAUUCGGAUCCAUGGCCCAGGAGGUUUCGGGCGAGCUCGACCAGCUUUGCACCUUUCCCCGGACUGUUUACGGCCUUUCCGCACUUGCAAUUUUCUCUUACACCUUCUCCAUCCUACUGUCAGUCUUGUACCUUCAACAACACGAAGCAUCCGCCGCUAUAGAUAGAGAAAAGCUCGGUCACGACACCGAGGACGUCGAAGACCAACCCGCCACAGAUAGACGUCCAGGGUCGAUUCGCGACGCACCUAGUCGACCUGCCUCACUAUCAAGUAGAAGCCUUUACGGCCAGACGAGGUCUUCAUCGCCAGGGUCUAUUCGCUCCGCCGCACCAUCAUACCACAGCCGAGCAUCUCACCUGCGAUCUGAAUGGGUACAAGUGUCCCUCCAAGAUAACAGCACACCCAGCGACAGCAGCACCAGCUCAAGGUCACGGACUCACUCCCUGACCUCUGCGCCAGGCAGUGGCUGUUCCUCAUGGGAUGUCACGACCUUGGCCAGCGACAGCGAUGCUGACUCCAUUCGCUCGGGUAUAUCACUUCCUGACACUGACUCCAUCAUUUCGGGGGGUUCACUUCCGCCUGCCCCACUCCCCGGCUCUUCCAGUGAGGCCCCAAGGAGAUGGUCCACCUCGACGAGCUCGUCAUUCAACGCGAACGCCUUCAUCGUGACGGAUGGUUUCCGCCCUGCCAAUCACCAGAGCCACCCGCCAGAGUAUUCCAGCAGGCCUGGAAGCUUGUACCAUGAGACGGUGAAAUAUGACGCUGGUCUGGGGCUGCCCAACGGGCCAAAGCCUUGA